AUGAAAUCUACUGUGACCGGAGAAAAGGCUGCCUGGGAGAAUUCCUUCCAGGUGUCCAACUCCGCGCCCCCACCCCGGGCGCCGCUCCCGCCCCGGCCCGGCCCACAGCGGAGCCACCGGAGAAAUAGGGUCUGCGGCCGAAGGCUGGAAAGGGUGGGUGGGUCAGGUCGGAGCCUCAACCCCAGCCCCCGAGAUUCCGACCUGAGGGUGGGGCCUCGCUUCCAGCGCCGCCGCCGCCCCUCGGUUACCUCGGUCCCGGCCGCCGCCGCCGCCGCUGCGGACUCUCAGCCUCAGGCACUUGCUUCGCUGAGAAGCCGCCGCCGCCAGCGCUCCCCGGACUCAGCUGCAGCCGCUUCCUCAGCCCGGCCCGGAGCACGCUCCUGGGUCCAGAGCCUCUCUUGGCCCCCGGCAACUGCCACUUCCAGCUGCCCCAGCAGCCUCGGCCGCGCUCCUCCCAACCCCCACUGGCCAACCGCCGCCGCUGCCGCCGCCGCCGCCAGGGCAAUGACUGUCUCAGGCAGCCCCGGACCCGGCCGGCUCCUCCCCGCCUUCGGCCCCGCCCUCCCGGCGCAAGCCCCGCCCCCUCGGACGCUCGGCCUUUCUUCGGCCGCCGGCUCCGCCCUCUCGCCCAGCUCCGCCCUCACGGCGCAGUCCCGCCGUCGCCCGUGCCUGGGCGUGUGCGGGCUCCUGGGACUCGCUGCUUGCCCCGCCGGGAGACCUUUCUGGGGGCGGCCCGGCGGCUCCGCCUGUCUCAGGGAUGGAGGCGGGAAGAGGGCGGGGGCUGCGUUCUCACGUCCCCGAGCUCACGCGAGUCGCUGCCCCCACCCACCCCGUCACCACUCGGCCGUGAGCCUUCCUUUGUCUUCCAGGCCUGAGAGAGUCGUUGCUUUGGGGGCCAUACCGCUGCUUAGAGGGCGAGAUCUGAAGAGGACCAGCAGCUUCUGUGUCAUACCUGGGAAUGCUCACCUCUUGGAAAUCACUAUUGAAGAAACCUGGCCGCCCUCCUGAAGAGGCCAUGUGGAGAGACCACACAGCAGGGCAUGUGAAGAAGCCUUGAGGUCAGAUGGAGAUGCAGAGAGGCCCAGCCAGUCCAGCAUCCUAUUUGGGCCUCCUGAUGACUCCAGCCCUAGUCACCAUUAACUGCAACCUCACAAAGAACCCCAAGUGAGCCCAGUGAAAGCAUUGUCCAGCUGGACCCAGUCGAACCACAGAACCAUAAGAGAUGUUAGAAUGAUUGCUAUUUUCAGCCUCUAAGUUGUGGAGUCAUUUGUUAUAUAGUAAUAAAGGAUUAAAACCCUACCUGAUGGAAAUAAUAAAUCUUCUAGUGUUCUGCAA